UGGGGAGUGUUGCGUCGCUUCCGUUUGACUGGCCUCUCACGCACAAACUGCCGGAUUCCCCCGGAAACUCUUAGGGGGAAAGGUCGUGGCCGUACAACAAGAUGGCGGCGCGCAGGUCUGGCGGAGCAGUGAAGGAGGAGUUUUCGCCAGGGAGCACGUGUGAUUGCCAGCUACAGUUUCAGGGAGUUGAUUUUUCUUCUUGAAAACGGGAGCCAUGAUGUCCGUGGUACAUCGACUGACGGCGGGGUGGCUUGUGGAUCAUUUGUCUUUCAUUAACCAGUGUGGCUAUGAGAUCUGUGACUCCUUUGCAUACCCUGAUGGUGUCACUCUCAAUACUUCUGUCAUAUCUGCGAGAGAUUGUCAUCCUACUUCUACCUUUGCUGCCACUUCCUCAAGUGAUGGUCCUAUUCCUGGUCCUGGAGAUGCAAUAGAAACAGAAGGUAAACCAGCGAAAACAAGAUACAUGUUCCGGGAGGAAUUCUUUGAUGUUUCUAAGCCCCAUAUAGCUGCAGCUCCUGAGGAGCAGCUGUGGCAGGGAUUCCCUGAGACGAGUCUCACGGAACUAAAGGCCAGCAGCAGCAGAGGGGAACACCAAGCAGAAACCAAGAGUGGUGUCGAGGAUUCCGUUGCCAGUGCAAAGAAGAAGCGUAAAAGGAAAUGUGUAUUCAACCAAGGUGAACUGGAUGCUUUACAAUACCAUUCAAAGGUCAGGAAGCUCAUUUGGGAAGGCACAUUGCAUUUAGUCCAAGAAGGACUCAAAAGUGGUUUUCUCCACCGCACUAUUGCAGAACCCAGUUGCAGGAAGAAUGCUGUUCCUGGACUCAUUGGCUGUGGGUUGGCUGAAUUAUGUGAAAUGGCAAAGCAGCUUCCAGCUGUGAAUGAAAGUGACCAUCAAGCUGUACAUGUGCUAGAUGAUGAAACCUCCAUUCCAGAGUGGGACCUGCUGUCAUGUGUUACGGAAAACAGCUCAAACUGUGCAAAGAUAGUUGAGCUAAUGGGGCAGAAGUACUUGGUGCCACCAAAAAGCAGUUUCCUUUUGUCUGACAUUUCACGUUUACAGCCUCUGCUGAACUACAAGAAGAAGUAUGAUGUAAUUGUGAUUGAUCCACCAUGGGAGAACAAGUCUGUUAAAAGGAGCAGCAGAUACAGCUACUUGUCUUCAUCUCAAAUAAAGCAGAUUCCUGUACCAGCAUUAGCUGCUCCAAAUUGUCUUGUAGUCACAUGGGUGACUAAUAGACAGAAGCACUUACAUUUUGUUAAGGAUGAACUUUAUCCUCAUUGGUCUGUGAAAACACUUGCUGAGUGGCACUGGGUAAAAAUUACUUUAGCUGGAGAAUUUGUAUUUCCUUUGGAUUCUUUACACAAAAAGCCCUAUGAAGUUCUUGUACUGGGAAGAGUUCAAGGAGAUGUAAAAGAAACCUUAAGGAAAUCUGAAGAUGUACUCCGAGUUCCAGAACAUAAGUUAAUUGUCAGCAUACCCUGCAGUCUGCAUUCACAUAAACCCCCUCUUACUGUGAUGAUAUCUGAAGAGACUGAGUCUAGCAACAUAAUGUUGGAUUUAUGAACCAUAUUUUUAAGCUGUGGGAAUUCAGAAACCACUGGGAGAUCUGAUAAAUGACCAAGAGACCCUUUGGAGUAGAAAAUAUUUUAAUUUAGUUUUUCUUCUUUUGUCCUCAGGAACAAAAAUAAGAACUUAACGUGUAAUUUUUAGUAGCGUUAUGUUUUUUAGUCUUUCUGCCCUCGCUGUGUUGGGUACUCCUUAAACCUUUGCUUUUCUCAGGCAUAUUUUUAUGCAUAAUAUCUUUGUAGAUACUAGGUUUCCUGAAACCUAGUUCAAAAUUUGUUUGACCCAGGCACGAACCUGAAUGGCUCUUUAUGACAUAUAACAUGUUUAACAAUAAGCUGUUUGCAAUAAUAUUUUGGGCAAAAUGCAAGAUCUUUUUCUGUCAGUCCAAAAUAGUAGUUAUAAUCAGUGACGCGAUUGAUGACAGGCAUCUGGAUUACUUGGAUUUAAGCAGUAAAAAUGCCCAGCUGUAGAAGAAAUUUAAAAUUUAUCUUACUGACUAAAAGAACACAGUAAUAUAAAUAUUUCUUCAAUUGCCAGGCUGGUACUGGGGAAAAGGAAGUCCCUGCAUUUUUAUAGUCCUUUUAUUGCUAUUCUUAUUUAACUGGUGUUUCUUCAGUUGUCAUUAAAAACAAAAAAAAAAACCUGCUUCUAUCCCCUUUAAGAUGUGGAGGAAAAGAGUGAUCUUAGUUAAGGAAAGGUUUUAUUUAUUUAUUUUUAUAAACGUUACCCCUGUGUUGUAGGAGCAGAGUGAGUCUUUAGGAGGUGUUUGGUUGAUAUUAGUGAAAAAUUCAGAACUCAUCAAUGUAGAGGCUGAAAUAAAUCCUCAUACCCUUUCCCUAAAUGAAAGCAAAUAAAUCAAGGCUAUUGAAGGCCUUGACAGUGUUGUUCAGAAUCUCAAGGGCACUUACUUAAAAUUACUUUCUCACUAUAAAUAGUCUAGCUGUUUGAUGAAACCCCUGAAAUUAAUUUGCUGUCUCUUCCUUUUGUAAUAAACCACUCCGUUUUUCAUCCACUAACUGCACAGAGAAGUUUUUAUUUGUUUGCUGUUGUUACUUGUACCUUUGUCACUGUUGUUGUCUUCUUUUGUUUCUUAUCUU